UGUGAGCAGUGUAAUGUACAGCGCUUUAAGAACGACUGCGGCUCUCUGUCUGCCUCUCUCUCUCUGUCAUACACGAGCCUUUUAGUGGUUAGUUAGAAACCCGGUCACCUUUUAAACUUGCUCUACCUUCCAGCAUGUCUGUUUUGUGUUAUAAUAAGGGAUGCGGGCAGCGAUUUGAUCCAGAAAAUAACGCGGACGAUGGCUGCACCUAUCAUCCAGGGGUCCCAGUGUUCCACGAUGCCCUGAAGGGAUGGUCCUGCUGCAAGAGAAGAACUACUGACUUCUCAGACUUCCUCAGCAUUGUUGGUUGUACAAAAGGUCCCCACAACAAAGAGAAGCCCCCUGAGCCAGUGAAGCCAGACGUGACAUCAUCGGGAGAAAAGAAAGACUUAGAUGACCAAAAACCAAAGUUUAACGAGUACAUCAUCUCUGCACCAAAACCUCAGGAGGCGAUACGCAGACCGAGUGCUGAUGAGCCGAUGGUGAGAUUGCAACAUAAAGUCUCUACCUCCCUGAAGCAGGCUCUGGAGAAACUGAAACUAUCUGAAAAUGCUGCAGAGAAGAAAGAGGAAGAUAGUGACGAGAUCAAAAUCGGAACAUCUUGUAAAAACGGAGGCUGUACAAAAAGUUUCGAUGGACCUGCAAGUGAUUCUGAUGUGUGCUUAUACCACUCUGGAUUUCCCAUCUUCCAUGAAGGGAUGAAAUACUGGAGCUGCUGUAAGAGGAAAACCUCAGAUUUUAACACCUUCCUCUCUCAAGAGGGCUGUACCAAGGGAACACAUUUAUGGAGGAAAAAAGAUGCGGGUAAGAAGGUUGUACCGUGCCGGUUUGACUGGCACCAGACCGGGGCGCAGGUCAUCAUUUCUAUCUACGCCAAAAAUGCCGUCCCAGAGCUAAGCUACGUGGAUGCAAACAGCACCACGCUCAACAUUCACAUCAUAUUUGAGGGAGAGAAGGAGUUUGAGCAGAAAAUCAGCUUGUGGGGAGUGAUCGAUGUCAGCAAAAGUGUAGUGAACAUGAUGGCAGCCAAGAUUGAGGUGGCCAUGAAGAAGUCUGAGCCGAUGUCCUGGGCUCGUCUGGACCUUCCUCCACCCGUCCCCCCGCCCAAGGAGAGCGAGAAGAAAAAAGAAGACACCGAUAGUGAGGAAGAAGAUGAAUGAUAAGGAUUUCAUAUAAAGACACACUGUGUAUUUUUAGCUGAAUCAAAGGCCACCAGCCACACAGUCCAUUCUUUACCUCUUUUAAAGAAUUGCCUCUUUUGCUGUUAUGGAACUUUGGCCUUUACUCCUCGACAUUGCAGUGUUUGCCCUAUCAUUCUUAGUGAUCAGAGUACUUAAUUUUGCCCAUUCUUCUCACUUUUUGGAUCUUGAUUCGUCAUCUUGCUUGUUGGAAAUGCUAGAGAAUCUUCGUGUUCUUUCCAACGUUUCUUCAGUGAUAAAAGGAGGGACACAGAUUUUUUUUAGUAGACUUUCCAGUCAAAUCAGAUGACAACUCAACUGUUUUAUUGCACUGAAUUCCCCUGGAAAAUAAUAAGAAUCAGGUGUAACUACGCUUUAUCUCACACCUGUGUACACUGCUCACGUCAAGUCAUCGUAAUGGAUCACUGUUGUCACCAUCAUUCAUCAUUUUUUAGCAAUAUUUGGUUAACAUGAUUUCAUCUGUACAUUUCCAUGUGUCAUACUUGACCCAUUUGAAAUGGUCGGUUUUCUUUCAUUCCAUCCUUUGGUCUCAUAAAUUGUGUAAAUUGUUGCAUUGUUGUGUCCAACAGUAUCACAUCAGAUUAAAUACUGUCUUUAUAGAUAUAUUUCCAUGUAUGUGAUGAAGAAGCUACUCUGUGGAGUUUGAAUCGGAAAUUCACAUCAAUAAAUUAUCCUUACUCGUGUAAUAUUGAAUUUAUUUUGAAUAAAUGAGAAAUAAAAUAUUUCGCAGAUGUGCUCCAACUAUCCCAACUUUCUCACAGUUAAACUUGUAGAUUUGCUCUAAUAGUUUUUUUUUUACACCAUUAUACUUCAUGUAUAUUUUGUACACAUUUUGCUUUCAAAUACUGUAUUUAUCUCCUUAUUUCUUGUCAAAUCAACAUAGUGCGGUUUUAAUGAGAAUGUACUGUAAUAUCUGAGAAUGCCAACUGAAUACAAAGUAUUUUGAGCAAAGUACUGUAUUAUAAUAAUGUUAUGCUAGACAGCAUGUGUCAAGGCUUAGAAUGUAUAAAAUAUAUUUGGCUGAAUGAGACAUGGCGAAAGAGUACAACUAUUAGGGAGGCGAUUUAUCUUACCAAAAAAUAAACUUUUGUGUUGAAAUUUUAAA